CAAAAUGGAAAUGCAGGAGAACGAGGGACGACAACCUGUUUCCGUGCCUUUGAAGGACUCGGUGUAGGCCGUUCCGCUGCAGACUGGCUUUCUGGUUGCGGUUUAGACGGCGAGCAUUUUCAACAUCCUUCAGAGAGGAUUUCCUGUGAACACACGACAGCACACGCACCUCAUGAGUGAGCGGACUCAGCUCGUCCCGCCAUUAUUACACGUUCUGCGCUGAAAUGGUAAAACCUGAAAAAUUUUGUUUUUGAAUCCUAAUGCUGGUCGCCGCAUAGGGAGAGAGCAAGUUGUUUUUAUGUUUUUUUUCAACAAAAGCCUGAGAUUUACUGUUAUGAAGACAUGGAAACCAAGAUACAUCUGCUUAUCUGGGUGUUGCUCGUCUUUCAAAGGGAUCUUACUCAGGGAGGGGAAUCUAUUUCAGCUUCAACAGAAAGUAAGGUUGCUCCAGAGUGUCCUGUUGAGAUCAGCCCUCAGAGAGCUGUGGUGAGAUAUGGGGACCCAGUGACAGCGAAGUGCACUACAACACAGACAGCCAGAGGAAUAGGCUGGGAGGCUACAGUUGGAGCUACAGGCAUGAAAACAGAUGUCCAGUCUGUCACCUGGAAUGUCAGCAGUCUGACUGAUUGGACUGCAGAGCCAAAGUGCUACGGAAACUUCCUUACUGAGCCCAAGCAGUGCGGGAAGAAUCUCAUCAUCAUUCUGUACAAGUACCCAGACAGUGUCUCUCUCAGCUCUGACAGCCCAGUGGAUCAGAUGGUGGAGGGGAUACAGUACCAGCUGCAGUGUGAGAUCAAGAACAUCGCUCCUAUUCAGAACCUCACUGUGAACUGGUACAGAGGACAGACACUGAUUCACAAUCAGACCUUUUCUCACAACACUACUAGAACACCUGGGAAUGUGUCUGCGACCCUCCUGUUCACCCCUGACAGAGCUGACAAUGGACAGCAGCUCACCUGUGAGGCAGAGCUCAACCUGGGACCAGAAGGACCACAGCCCCCCCCUACAAAUCAGUCUGAUCCUCUCAGCAUCACCAUGCUGUAUGAACCUGAGAUCACAGGGUGUCCUCUCAGUGUUGAUGUGAAGGAGCAUCACAGUCUAGAGAGCAGUGUGACCUGUACAGCUGAGGGCAGCCCUCCCCCUAAGACCAGAUGGGUCAAGGAUGGACAGCAGAUUGACCCCUCUGUCAAGCUGAAUAGGACUGAUGGAGGAGAGUUCACCUAUGAAGCUACUAACACACAGGGGUCUGUGAAUCACACUGUGACGGUAGAAGUGAGAUACGGCCCUGAGAUCACAGGGUGUCCUCUCAGUGUUGAUGUGGAGGAGCAUCACAGUCUAGAGAGCAGUGUGACCUGUACAGCUGAGGGCAGCCCUCCCCCUGAGACCAGAUGGGUCAAGGAUGGACAGCAGAUUGACCCCUCUGUCAAGCUGACCAGGACUCAUGAAGGACAGUUCACCUAUGAAGCUACUAACACACAGGGGGCUGUGAAUCACACUGUGAACAUCUCAGUGAUUUAUGCCCCUGAGAUCACAGGGUGUCCUCUCAGUGUUGAUGUGGAGGAGCAUCACAGUCUGCAGAGCAGUGUGAACUGUACAACUGAGGGCAGCCCUCCCCCUGAGACCAGAUGGGUCAAGGAUGGAAAGCAGAUUGACCCCUCUGUCAAGCUGACCAGGACUGAUGGAGGACAGUUCACCUAUGAAGCUACUAACACACAGGGGACCGUGAAUCACACCGUGACGGUAAAAGUGAGAUAUGGCCCUGAGAUAUCAUGGUGUCCUCUCUGUGUUGCUGUGGAGGAGCAUCGCAGUCUGCAGAGCAGUGUGAACUGUACAGCUGAGGGCAGCCCUCUCCCUCAGACCAGAUGGGUCAAGGACGGACAGCAGAUUGACCCCUCUGUCAAGCUGACCAGGACUGAUGGAGGAGAGUUCACCUAUGAAGCUACUAACACACAGGGGACUGUGAAUCACACUGUGAACAUCUCAGUUCAAUAUGGCCCUGAGAUCACAGGGUGUCCUCUCAGUGUUGACGUGGAGGAGCAUCACAGUCUACAGAGCAGUGUGAACUGUACAGCUGAGGGCAGCCCUCCCCCUGAGACCAGAUGGGUCAAGGAUGGACAGCAGAUUGACCCCUCUGUCAAGCUGACCAGGACUGAUGAAGGACAGUUCACCUAUGAAGCUACUAACACACAGGGAACCAUGAGCAAGAAUAUAUCGAUUACAGUUGUAUAUGGCCCUGAGAUCACAGGGUGUCCUCUCAGUGUUGAUGUGGAGGAGCAUCACAGUCUGCAGAGCAGUGUGACCUGUACAGCUGAGGGCAGCCCUCCCCCUGAGACCAGAUGGGUCAAGGAUGGACAGCAGAUUGACCCCUCUGUCAAGCUGACCCGGACUCAUGGAGGACAGUUCACCUAUGAAGCUACUAACACACAGGGGACUGUCAGACACACUGUGAAUGUUACAGUACAAUACAAACCAACUUUUGUUUCAUUGAAUAAAACCCAUCUCUUUGCCAGCGGAGAAACAGUCAUUUUAACAUGCAGAGCUGAAGGCAGCCCAUCCCCUCAAUACCACUGGAAUUAUUCCAGAGGUCCUGACAUAAAGACCAUGACCACAGACAGCAAGUCUGAGAUCACCAUCGCUGCCGCCUCAGUUGGAGAUGGUGGUCAGUACAAGUGCAUCGCUACAAAUUCUCUUGGGCAGGCGGUCAAGAUAUUCACCGUGAUAGUGGAGGAGCAGGAUCAUACGCUUCUCCUGAAAACAAUCGACUUUGUUCGGCAAAUAAUUUUUUCAACUAAUGAAGACAAAAAAACUGCGGACAUAACGACAGAAAUGAGGGGUCAUGCUUGCUGGAUUUGGGGUAUCGUCAUGCUGUCUCUCUCUGGCUGUGGAGCUGUCCCAGAGUGUCCGCUUGAGAUCAGCCCUCAGAGAGCUGUGGUGAGAUAUGGGGACCCAGUGACAGUGAACUGCACUGCAACACAGACACCCAGAGGAAUGGGCUGGGAGGCUCCAGUUGGGUCUACAGGCAUGAGAAAGGAUGUCCAGUCUGUCAUCUGGAAUGUCAGCAGUCUGACUCAUUGGACUGCAGAGCCUAAGUGCUUCGGAAACUUCAACACUGAGCCCAGGCAGUGCAGGAAGAAUCUCAACAUCAGGCUAUACAAGUACCCAGACAGUGUGUCCAUCAACUCUGGGAGUCCAGUGGUCCAGAUGGUGGAGGGGAGACAGUACCAGCUGCAGUGUGAGGUCCAGAACAUCGUUCCUGUUCAGUACCUCACUGUGAACUGGUACAGAGGACAGACACUGAUUCACAGUCAGACCUUUUCUCACAACACUACUAGAACACCUGUGAAUGUGUCUGCGGCCCUCCUGUUCACCCCUGACAGAGCUGACAAUGGACAGCAGCUCACCUGUGAGGCAGAGCUCAACCUGGGACCAGAAGGACCACAGCCCCCUCCUGCAAAGCAGUCUGAUCCUCUCCUCAUCACUCUGAAAGCCUUGAGGUCUAUUGGACUGUAUGGUCCUGUGAUCACUUGUCCUCCCAGCGCCACUGUGAAAGAGGGUCAGAGUCUCGAGAGCAGUGUCCCCUGUACAGCUGUGGGAAACCCUCCCCCUGACACCCAGUGGUUGAUAGAGGGCCAAGAGCUUGAGCCCGAUGAGCCCCUGUCCAGGAGAGAUACUGGACUCUUCACAUUUGAAGCUGAAAAUAGAUACGGAAAAGUGACACAGGAUGUGGACGUUACUGUGAUCUAUGGCGCUGAGAUCACAGGGUGUCCUCUCAGUGUUGAUGUGGAGGAGCACCACAAUCUGCAGAGCAGUGUGACCUGUACAGCUGAGGGCAGCCCUCCCCCUGAGACCAGAUGGGUCAAGGAUGAACAGCAGAUUGACCCCUCUGUCAAGCUGACCAGGACUGAUGGAGGACAGUUCACUUAUGAAGCUACUAACACACAGGGAACUGCGAGCCACACUGUGACGGUAGAAAUUAGAUACAAGCCUCAGUUUGUCCAGUCUACUGAAAGUCUUUCCCUUGCGGCUGGAGGAUCAGUGGUCUUGAACUGCAGCGCUGAAGGGAGCCCACUUCCUCAAUACCACUGGAGGUACCUGGAAGCUCCUAACGUACAGGACAGCAGCACAGGAGGAUGGUCUGUGGUCAACAUCACUGCAGCCACACCUGAAAACAGUGGCCAGUACACCUGCACGGCCAGGAACUACCUCGGAGACACGACCAGGACCUUCACACUGACCGUGAGGGAGGACGAGGAAGGAGCUGUUCCAGACUGUCCGCUUGAGAUCAGCCCUCAGAGAGUUGUGGUGAGAUAUGGGGACCCAGUGACAGCGAACUGCACUACAACACAGACAGCCAGAGGAAUAGGCUGGGAGGCUACAGUUGGGUCUACAGGCAUGAAAGCAGAUGUCCAGUCUGUCACCUGGAAUGUCAGCAGUCUGACUGAUUGGACUGCAGAGCCUAAGUGUGAUAAGAAGUUCAGAUUUCACCUUAUAACUGCGAUGGAUAAAUUAUCGAAGUAUUGCUUCGAGUAUUGCUUUGAAAGAAUUUACCAAGGCUACAAAGAUACCUAUGUGCACACUCACAUCUUGAUUGAUUCCAAACCAAAAUGGCUCACAGGCUGCCUCAAAUGCAAAACUAUGGUAUUGACAGUAUUAGAGUCUGGAUUGAGUUUAAAUCAUUUGAUGAAAUGUAGAAUUUACAUAAUUUACUUAUUUAGAAUACUGAUAUUUCUGUUCCAAGAACUACUGUCAUGUACAAUUUAUUUCAAAAGCAAAUUCCGUCUUCAAUCCACAGAUGGUCCUGUGAUCACUUGUCCUCCCAGUGCCACUGUGAAAGAGGGUCAGAGUCUCGAGAGCAGUGUCCCCUGUACAGCUGUGGGAAACCCUCCCCCUGACACCCAGUGGUUAAUAGAUGCACAAAAGACUGUGCCCGAUUGGCCCCUGUCCAGGAGAGAUACUGGACUCUUCACCUUUCAGGCUGAAAACAGAUACGGGAGAGUGAAACGGAAUGUGAACAUCACUGUGAUCUACAAGCCUCAGUUUGUCCAAUCAAAUGAAAGUCUUUCCCUUGUGGCUGGAGGAUCAGUGGUCUUGAACUGCAGCGCUGAGGGGAGCCCACUUCCUCAAUACCACUGGAGGUACCCAAAAGCUCCUAACGUACAGGACAGCAGCACAGGGGGAUGGUCUGUGGUCAACAUCACUGCAGCCACACCUGAAAACAGUGGCCAGUACACCUGCACGGCCAGGAACCACCUCGGGGACACGGCCAGGACCUUCACACUGACCGUGGAGCAGAAAAGCAGAGCCUCUGAGGACUGCCCGAUUCAAAUCAGACCUUCCCGACUGGUCGUGCGGUACGGAGACCCGGUACGAGCAGAGUGCACUGCGACACAGCCGCUCAGAGGAAUGGGCUGGGAGGCCACGGCUGGGCCUACAGGCAUGCAAAUAGUCAGCCAGGUUGUAACCUGGAAUGUGAGCAGCCUGACCGAUUGGACCAGCGAGCCAAAAUGCUUUGGAAACUUCUAUCAAACGCCGAAGCAGUGCGAGAAGAAGCUCACCAUCGUUCUGUACAAGCUUCCAGACAGUGUCUCUCUCAAUCAAACUGUCCAGAUGGUGGAGGGGAGACAGUACCAGCUGCAGUGUGAGGUCCAGAACAUCGCUCCUGUUCAGUACCUCACUGUGAACUGGUACAGAGGAAAGACACUGAUUCACAGUCGGACCUUUUCUCACAACACUACUAGAACACCUGUGAAUGUGUCUGCGACCCUCCUGUUCACCCCUGACAGAGCUGACAAUGGACAGCAGCUCACCUGUGAGGCAGAGCUCAACCUGGGCCCAGAAGGACCACAGCCCCCUCCUGCAAAUCAGUCUGAUCCUCUCCGCAUCGCCGUGCUGUACAAGCCCGUUUUCACCAGCACGGGGCCCACGGCCGUCCAAGUUCCUCCAGGCACCCGGAUCUUCCUGAACUCCUCUGCCGACGGCAACCCUCCCCCCACCUUCGAAUGGAAGUACUCCAGUGCUAGCAGGGUGCAGGUGACAACCAACCGGGACACUUCGGUGGCGGCUGUCACUGUGAACUCUGAGGCCGACGCCGGUGCUUACACGUGCAUCGCUGCGAAUACAGAGGGGCGAGCCAGCCAGACGUUCACCAUCGUGCUGUCCAAUAGAUUCAGGUAUUGUCGUGGCGAUUGUGGUUCCGCUUAUACUCCUCCUGGUAGGCGGCUUGAUGGUCUUAUACUGUGUGUUGAAGAAGAAAUAGUGUCCCGACUUGUGAAACAUCCGUGACACUCCAAAGGAUUCGGGAGCGCAGGGAGGUCUGACGUCACAGGAAUGAUCUCCAGUUAUUUUUCCUUCUUUCACAAACCACAAACCUGGGCCUCCUGCAACAACUUGGAAGAGUGAACAAAAUCUGUUUGUAAUGUGUUGCAAUGGUGCACAAGCCAUUUGGACAGGCAGCUGUCUUUUCUUCGGAUUUUGUAGUUAUACUGUGGUUACUGCAUCUCUCAGAUGUUGUCCUCUCCUCUUAUCCUGAUACCAGCACCUUACAACUGCUCCAGUUUCUCCUUCUCUUUUUAGAAGUGAAGUAUUUACUGUAUUUCUACAGCAGCAAAGAGCCGUCCAAGGUAAGAUGGUGGAGGCCGGUUCUUUCAGAAAUGUCAGAAAUGGAAAUUUCAGAAGGAAUAUGCGGGCAAAUGGAUUCAGAUUUUCACACACUGCCUGUGACUGCACAUUUUUUUAAGUAUGGCUGUUCGACAUCCGUUAUAUUUGACUAACUUCUGAAUAAAUUUCACUUCCCGUCUUUCAA